AUGCCGUUGAGAAACCGCACUGAUAUGAAAAGAACUGAAACGGAACGUUUGCAAGCAAUGGUUGUCGAUUUAUUGCGAGAAGAAGAAAAUAAGUAUUGUGCUGAUUGUGAGGCUAAACAGCCUCGAUGGGCGUCUUGGAACCUUGGCGUUUUUCUUUGCAUCCGAUGUGCCGGUAUUCAUCGUAAUUUAGGUGUUCAUCUCACUAAGGUAAAGUCAGUUAAUUUGGAUUCAUGGACUGCGGAGCAAGUUCAAAGUAUGCGUGUUAUGGGCAAUAAAAUGGCACGUCACGUCUAUGAAGCAGAGCUACCCGAACAUUUUCGCAGGCCUCAAACAGAUUCUGCGCUAGAAUCAUUCAUCAGAGCAAAAUAUGAGCAGAAGAGAUAUAUUCUGAAAGAUUGGUCUCCACCUCCCGUUAAUGCAAGUGAUCUCCCUCUUCAUGAUAAAAAGAAUUUUGACCGUAGCUCUCGUAGCAGUGUCAAAGAAUUGGAAUUAAAGAAGACGGGAAAUGUAAUCAAGAACUCGAAUAUAUCAAAAGCUGUCGGUCAUCCUAAGAUUGAGAGAUUGGCCGACAUACCGCUUUUAGAUUUAAGUACUCCUUCACUGAAAGUCGGUUCAAACUUCUGUGUGCACAGUUUUAAUUUUGGUUUGCAACAAAAAAUUUUUUCUGAAGUGGAUACGAACGUAGCUGCUAAUUUAGAAAUGAGUAUUAAUGUAGGAAUGAAUGAUAGUGAUGGAAUGGAAGAUUUUGGUCCAAUUGUUUCUGCUCCUCCUGCAAGUUCAAAGUCUAAUACUUUUGUUGCUGAUGCUACAGCGACUUCUUCCAGCGGCAAGAGUGGUUUCGUUAGUUAUAACUCAGAAAAUCACUUGGAGGAUUUAGUAUCCAUGCUAGGAACUAAUCCUGUAUUACCUGAGAAGAAAAGCACCUCAGAUAUUCUCGCUUUGUAUGCUGCUCUGCCCAAUUUUCAUCUCCCGUCAACGAAACAUACGCAUCAAUUUCCCGAGCCGGUUGUGUCAAAUGCUGGAUUAUUUGUUAGCCCUUCCGUGGUUUCUCAAACUCCAUCGUCAUAUGUAUCUGAAAGCAGUCAUGCACCUUCAAAUGCAUUUGGAUCAUCAUUUACUUCUUCAAAUGGCAAACUGUUUCCAAAUCGUGAAACAGCAGCAAUUUUUGCUGCUGCUUCACCUUUUGUCAGUAAUUCUAGUGUGACACCAAAUAUACCUUCAUCUAAUACUGCUGAACUCGCCAGCAAAUCGCCGGAAUCAAAUGCGUCUUCCUUUUUUCAUCUUCUUCAGCAACGCGAAAUCAGAACCAAACUUUACGUUACCAGUCGACAUAAUGCGAGUAAUCCGAUCUUGAAUAAUUUCCUGGCGGAUUUCAGUCGAUUAGGUAUGAAAAGCGAAUCUACAGAUCAGAGUAGUGGCCAGGAAAACAUUUCAUGGAACUAG